UCAAAUUAAAAAUGCGUCGUCGUCUUUUCUUUAAAGACAAAGUUAAACAACGAUUAUUUCGUUCAGUUUCGUGUUCUAGCAUUUUUGAUUCGCUUAGACGGUUUAGCGGGAAAGUUGUUCGAGUUCUGGCAUUGGCCAAUCAGCAGCAUUAUCCUUUGCUGAAGAGGGAGCAUCUGUUGUGAUUCAUGGACAAAACAAGGAAAGAUUGGAUGUA